UAGCUAAAAAUGUAAUUCUCGCUACUAUAGCCCAUGUUUUCAUUAUCCACUGCAUUUGUGAUAAUCAGAUACUUUAGCUAGUUGUUUAGACGCAUGUCAUGCUUAAUAAACCGUGUUAAUGACCAUGUUCUCGGGAUAAACCUACGCUUCUUGAUGAGCUGCCCUGCUCAGACCCAGCUAAUAUGCAAGCUAACCUCAUUAACUUAGCUAGCUAACCAGCUGUUUUUUUUAUCACAGCAGCUAAACCACACAACAAUUGAUUACUGUUAAAUUUGUCUCGAGCUUGAGUCGGAACGGAUGUAGAAUUUUCAGCGUGUACUAUAUUUUACCGAUUUUCAUCCACACCUUUCCCAUCACAACAUGAGCAGUACAACACAGAGGAAGAGAAGGACUGGAGCCCCCUCAAGUUCCAGACGCACAGCCAAGAGUAGCAGAGUCACCACCACUAUGCCACUUCGUGCAGCAGCAGCCACUGCUGAGACCAUUGCUGUGCUGGAGAGCAGUAGGACUAGCAGUGAGGAGGUGGUGGACUUGACAUGUGAAGGUUCUGAGUCAACUGUGGUUGACUUGACCAACACUGAUUCUGUGGUGGUUGUCGAUGAAGGGCUUCAGGGCAGACGUGGACUUGGCGGUGAGAGUUACGUGCUGAGCAGUGAUGAGGAGGGGGAUGCCAAUGGGAGCCUCAGUGCUGACCUUCUAUCUUCUCUACAGGCCAGCAGUAGAGCCAGGUCUACGCCAGGUACAGUCAGCUGCCCAGUGUGUAUGGACUCCUAUGCUGAGAUCAUUGAAAGUGGCAGACUAGUGGUCUCCACAAAAUGUGGUCACCUUUUCUGCAGUCAGUGCCUCCGCGACUCACUGUCGAGAUCCCACACUUGCCCAACCUGCAGAAAGAAACUGACCCACAGGCAAUACCACCCCAUAUACAUCUGAUGCCAAACACCCAUGACUCAUCCACUGGUUUCACCCUCUCCAAACCUGCAACACUUUGAAUCAUACCUGACUAUCACUGCCCCCUACUGGACAAGCAUACCUUUUUGUUUACAAACAUAUUCAACCGAUGUUUCUUCUACAAUGACUCUCAUGCCAGCAGACAUUCACCUACAUUUAAAAAAACAAACGUAUUCCACCUAUUCUCGUACUGCUGGUCAUUCAUUUCACAGUAAUCAGAUCGUUGUGGAUCUGCAUCACCAGUGACCACAACCAAGAAAAAACUAAGCUCAGAAGCUAUAUUACCUUUUGAUCAGAUACUGUUUUAAUGAAAUGCCACAUUUUAUAAUUUUAAUUUAGCAACUUGGUCUUUUUAUUUUUAUCUUAAGAAGUCACAUGUUGUGUCGAUGGCAAUAGCUCAUGUGAAUGGCACUUAAGUUGCUCUAUGCAGAAAUCGCGCCACCAUUUCCUAUAUGCUAAAACUCUAAUAGUUAGCCUAAUAUCAGUUUAUAUGACAAAAUAAGCUAGCAUAGUGUAGAGAAUCAUUGUACAUCUAAACCAUUGAAAUAUAUUUUCCAUAACCAAAAAUAUUGUUUCAGCUUUUUUAAGCUUGUGUACAAAACUGAACGUAAGACUCAAACAGAACUUAAACAUAGAACAGAUAAAAGCGGUAUUAGACUUGCUUUAAAGUAGAAUUAUAGAUCUAUAACCCACAUUUCUAUGCGAAUUUGGUCUGGUUGGCCAAAAAGUUACAUGUUGCCACAGGAGACCCAACACUAACUCCAGUAGAAGCAUCUGAUUAUUGCUGCUGAGUAGGUGGCUGUCUGAAUGGUGGGUGUUGCUUGAAUUUGGUCAUCACCAUUGUAAAUAAUUUUGUGUAUGUGUGGAUAGAGAUAGAUAAAUGAUAAGUUAAUUUAAGGUUCAAUAAAAAUGUUGAUUGAAA